AUGGAGCCUCAACAAAGUGUUUUCAGCACCCUCCCACUGUCAAAAGAGCGAGCAGAGAUCAGACAACUGCUCCUCCAGCCGCCGUCCGAUGAUGCAGCCAACGCGGACCGCAUCAUUUGUUUCUUGAGACGCCUCUCCCUAGAAGACGCUGCUGAGUACGUUGCGCUCUCCUACGUAUGGGGUCCGCCCGACUCUCAAACUAGGAGCGUCACCCUCAAUGGCCAGCCCUUCCCAGUAACUGAGAACCUGCACGACGCCCUGCUCCACCUCCGUAAGGCAAACGACAGGCGCGACCUCUGGAUCGACGCAAUCUGCAUCAACCAGUCCGAUGCGGAAGAAAAGACAUCUCAAGUGCAGCUCAUGCGCCACAUCUACAGAAAAGCGUCAGCAGUCAUCAUCUGGCUCGGUCCCUCGACCCCCGCAACCGACACCGCCUUGGAAUGGAUUGACAAAAUCGGCGGCGCAUUGCUAGAUAUCGGACUAUGGGAACUCGGCCAAGACGAGCUUCGAGGGUGGGACGGCUGGCUCCAAGAAGGCAGAUACGUCUUCGCCGUUCUUUUCCCCACAGAUCUCAAGCAGCGCGCAUGGUUCACGCGCGCCUGGUGCCUGCAAGAGCUCGCCAACGCGUGCGUGGCCAUCUUGCGCUGCGGGGAGCGAGAAGUUGAGUAUACCAGACUUUGGGCGACGAUGUAUUUCUGCAACAUCUUUAGUACGUGGGCUGCGCGGCAUCUGCGCACUGGCAAUCAAGCGAUAGAUGUGCGCAGUGCGCGGAUUCUCGAGGAUGCGGUGGAUAUGCCGACGGUAUCGAUCGGGUUGAGGAGGAAGAGGUUGAAAGACCCCACGCACCCGGAACUCAGGCUGAAGAACCUCCUGGUGCGGGUCAAUACGGUGAAAAUGUUCGAUUCGAAGGGAACGCAGAUUAGGGCUACGUAUCCGAAAGAAAGGGUGUACGCGCUGUUGGGUAUUGCGAAUGAGUUGGUGGCGCAGGAUAUCGUGCCGGAUUAUAGCGAGGCGUAUUCAGUUGAGGAGGCGUAUGUUGACACUGCGAAGGCGUUGCUGAGGCAUGGAAACAUAGACAUUCUCGCGCUGUGUAGGAAGAGGAAGGAGUUCCAAGGGCUCCCGUCGUGGGUCCCGGAUUGGACGGCGGACAAUCGGGAGCCGUCGGGCGGGAGUUCGGAAAAGAAGUGGUUUAGCGCUGGUAGAGUGAGUGGGAGGGUAUCAGUGCAGCCAGAGCUGAGGUUUGAAGGUGAUAGGCUUGAGCUUAGGGGGAGCUUUGUGGAUGUAAUUGCUGACCUCGGCGCUACAUGGUCCCGUGGUAUAGCGGAACCGUUCGACUACGACGCCGCCGGCAAAGUGUUCAACGACAUUGCAAACUUCCUCUCUCGGAGCUCGAGCCCUUGGCGUAUCCCAAUCGGCGACCUAGAAUCUGGAGGUGUGGUGAACUGGCCUCAAAGAGCCACCUCAACGGCCAAGGACGGAUACGAUGCUAUACGACAAGCCGUUAAUGAUCCUGCACUACGAGGACGUGAUCAUGGUUCAUCUCAUGCAGCCUUUCUCGCGUAUAUGGGGCGCAUGGAGAGGAUAUAUGAUAGUCGGCCGUUUCUUUCAAAGAAGGGGUAUGUUGGACUUUGUCCUGUGGACGCGGACAAGGAGGAUGUGAUUGUUGUGAUACUGAGCGCGCAGGUACCGUUCGUAGUUAGGAAGCGGGAAGAUAGGGCGUGGCGGUUGGUGGGAGAGGCCCAUGUUUUUGGGAUUAUGGAUGGGGAGUGGAUGACGGAAGACCAGGUGGUUGAGGGGAUCGUACUGCGAUAAAGCUGGAGGUGAAGCAGUACUAGAAAUCAUGAGGUGCUUGUUUGAGAGUGUAGAAGUACCUAUGAGCGAGACACGUGCUUGACAAUCCUAAUUUUCGGUGUUUC